AUGCUGGAUUUCAAGAGGCUCUUCCCGACGGUGGCGGGUUUCAUCGCGUUUAUACUCACCCUCCUAUGCCUCUUUGCAGGAACGCAAAGAAACCUCCUAGAUGACGCAGAUCUCCUGACGCUUUACACCCCCUCAGGCAGCACUGGCAUCGCCGGUAGCACCGACACCCUCUCCCACGAUUUCUAUUCCGUCCACCUCAUGUCCUAUUGUCAGGGAACACUGGGAACAACCGACCCAAGCGCCGGAGUCACGCGCAACGUGACCUCGUGCUCGAACCGCACGAUCCUGUUCUCAUUCGAUCCGAUGCAAGCCUGGCCGAAGGCGAGCAGCACUCACGGCCCGGAACUGGAGUGGCCGCGCGUGAUCAGCGAUGACUUCCACGCCUUCAGCACAACCAGCCGAGCCAUGGCCGUGCUGUAUUGUAUGGGGAUUGGUGCGAUGGGCGCUGCACUCCUCGUACAAGUAUGGACGAGUCUGGCCCCGCGUAACGGACAAGGCCUAUUUGAAUUUGGAUUCUUAACGCUUGGAUUCUUUACCGUCAGCAUUGCGUCCAUUAUCGCCACCGUCAUCGCUUUUGAGUUUGUCGCUCUUAUCAACGCCCAUGGGAAAGGGUCGAAUGUCUCGGCGAGCUAUGGAGGGCAGUUCCUCGGGAUGACUUGGGCCGCUACGGGGCUAUUACUUGUCGGCAGUGCUGCUAGCUUUGUGAACGUCUUCGUUCGGCAGGCUGCAUCGCCAUCUGCAGCCAUCGCAAAGGACAUAGAGGGGUAG